UUUAUCAAAAUUCAAAAUCAAAAUGACGAUGACGAUAGCUACUGGCCUAUUUUAUUCAAUUGAAUACAGACGAAGAAUCUUGUGAAAAGAGUUCCAUACUGGCUAAAACAGCGCGUUCUAGAAUGUAACGAGACUGUCGCGUUUAGUGUCCGCCGGUCGGAGAACAAACGGCGCAGUUCGCAAUAUUGAGGUCAGUGUGACACGUGACUGGCGCUGUCCACUAGGAUGCUCUGUUGACUGUCGGAGCUAGACAAUCGCACGUUAUGCAUCCGUGAAUAUCUCUCCUGCAUAAAAAUAUCUAGCCUCGCCGUGACUAUGGGACAAUGUGGUGUUAUUUCUUCGAAGACGGUUUUAGUCUUCCUCAAUCUGAUUUUUUGGGCAGCUGCAGGUAUACUGUGCUACAUUGGGGCGUAUGUCUUCAUCACAUAUGAUGAUUAUGACCAUUUCUUUGAGGAUAUCUACACUCUCAUCCCUGCCAUGGUGAUAACUGCUGUGGGGACGCUUCUCUUUGUAAUUGGUUUCAUUGGAUGCUGUGCCACCAUUCGAGAAAGUCGUUGUGGCCUGGUUACGUUCUCAGCAGUGCUGCUGCUUGUGUUUGCCACAGAGGUGGUUGUAGUGGUCCUGGGCUAUAUUUACAGAACCAAGGUGGAGGCUGUGGUGAAUCACUCUAUUCAGAAAGUAUAUGAUGAAUAUAAAGGCCCCAACACAGAUGCUCCCAGCAGGGCUAUCGACUAUGUGCAAAGACAGCUCCAUUGUUGUGGCAUUCAUAACUACUCAGACUGGAUGAACACUCACUGGUUUACGGAGUCAAAAAACAACAGUGUUCCAGUAAGCUGCUGCAAGCCUAACUUCAGCAAUUGCUCUGGGACAUUAAUACGACCCAGAGACCUCUACCAAGAGGGUUGUGAUGUUCUUGUAGUAAAGAAACUCAAGGACAUUAUGCUGUAUGUCAUACUGGCUGCAUUAACAUUUGCUGCCAUACAGAUGCUUGGGCUGCUGUGUGCAUAUGUGGUCCUUUGCCGCAGAGGUCAUGAUCCUGCCUAUGAGCUGCUUGUCAGCACGGGUAUAGAUGCCUGAGUGGUCCUACAUGGCAUCAUGGGAAUGGCUGGUCCUCCCAGCCAGUGUACGUGUCUUAACUGAAGCAGGCAUAGAAUUUUCUACAUUAGUAUUAAACCCAGUUUCAUACUUUUGUUGGGAAAAAUUGAAAGCUUUGACAGCCUAAAUAGCCUCACUCUGGUUUGAUUCUAAACAUUAUGGUGGUAAAACUGAGAAGCUGAAGAUUUUUAUUUUAUCUAAAGCACUACUGACAUUCUCCAGAGUCUGGUGAGCAGCAAAUCUGUUUUUAAUCAUUAUUUAGUUAUUUAUUAUAUUGUACAUUUUACACUAAUUGAUUCCAUGUGUCAUGGUUAUGUUAUAUAAUGUUUUCUAAUAUGUGGUAUUUUAGGCCAAAGAGGAAUUAGACUGACAUAGUUCAGAUAUUUUUCCUUGUGUUGUAGAAGUGCUCCCUUUUAGUGAUACAAGAAAGAUUGUAUUAUAAAGUUCAGUAUUCAUUUACAUUUUUUUUAGACAACUUUUCUCUCUCUGAGUUUGCAUUCUGUGUUCUAGUCCUUAGCUUAUUACCAUGGUACUAAGGCUUUUUGCCUCUCUACAAUUACUCAUUUGUUUAAAAUAUAAUUUUAAUGCUUUACUAAACACAAGCAGCAGCAUUAAACUUACAACAAAGAAUUAUCAAAUAUCUUUGCAAGUCUGCAAGUGCAGUAAAAUACUUGACAGUAAAACAAUUGAAAAACAAAUGCAUACUCUAUGUAAAUUAUUUCAUGUCUUUAAAAAGUCAUAUUUGAGCUUUUUGAAUAAUAAAAAAAAAAAGAAAUCUGGCAAAUAUCUAAAAAAAAAAAAUAAUAAUAAUUUUUCAGAUCUAUUUCUGUAAUUUGAGUCUGUUUUAAAAGGUAACUGCCUUUUUCUGUAUAUUUUGUAUACUUCAAAGGUUUGUACAAUGCCUUGGGACAGCAGACUAUUAUAAGUCUGACUAAAACUGGUGAAUGUACAUCAUUGAACAGUGAUGUAAACUUAGUGUAUAGGUCUUUUUUCCCUUGAUAAAUAAUAAAAAAAGAUUGACUCUUUGUAGCGUGCAAUGCACAACGUAACAUAAUGUCACUAACAAAAGGAUUAAAGACUUGUAAAAGGUCACUGAUAUUAAUGCUCACAAUUUGUUCACAAUGUUCACUGUAGCAAGAAGAGGUUAAUAGAUCAUCAGGACAUGACAUACAUGUAUACAGUAUUUUAUAAUUCAUGCUUUUCAAGCCUCCCGGUCCCAGAAGAUGUUUAACAAUGACUAUUGCAAAGCAUCAGACACGUUGAUCAAAUAGCAUGGUUAAAUAAAUGGCUGAAUUUAAAACAA